CCUCUUGAUGGAAGAGCACGGCGUGGCGCCGGCGGAGCACAUGGCGACCAUCGAGGCGCACGCCGUGGCCCAGCAGGUGCAGCAGGUGCACGUGGCCACCUACACGGAGCACGGCAUGCUGAGCGCCGACGAGGACUCGCCCUCCUCCCCCGAGGACACGUCCUACGACGACUCCGACAUCCUCAACUCCACGGCCGCCGACGAGGUCACGGCUCACCUGGCGGCUGCAGGCCCUGUUGGGAUGGCAGCAGCCGCUGCCGUGGCCACGGGGAAGAAACGGAAGCGACCCCACGUCUUUGAAUCCAACCCAUCCAUCAGGAAGAGGCAGCAGACACGUUUGCUCAGAUGUUUGGCUCCCGGGUGGUUGGUGGAGGUGGCAGCACUGUGGCACCGCCAGGCACAGCUGAGAGCCUUCAUCCCCGAGAUGCUCAAGUAUUCCACGGGCCGUGGGAAGCCGGGCUGGGGCAAGGAGAGCUGCAAACCCAUCUGGUGGCCCGAGGACAUUCCCUGGGCCAACGUCCGCAGCGACGUCCGCACGGAGGAGCAGAAGCAGCGGGUGUCCUGGACCCAGGCCCUGAGGACCAUCGUGAAGAACUGCUACAAGCAGCACGGGCGCGAGGACCUGCUCUACGCCUUCGAGGACCAGCAGACCCCGCAGACCACGACCACGCACAGCAUCGCCCACCUGGUGCCCUCCCAGACCGUGGUACAGACCUUCAGCAACCCCGAUGGCACCGUGUCCCUCAUCCAGGUUGGCACCGGUGCCACGGUGGCCACCUUGGCCGACGCCUCCGAGCUGCCCACCACGGUCACCGUGGCACAAGUGAACUACUCUGCAGUGGCUGACGGAGAGGUGAGACCCUGGGGCAGCUCUGGGGGG